AUGCUGCCAAAUCACCGGAAGAAAAAUUCAGCAGAAAUGGAUUUCUUUUCUGAAUAUGGUGAUGCAAGCAGGUAUAAAAUCCUGGAGGUCAUAGGUAAAGGUAGUUAUGGUGUCGUUUGCUCAGCAAUCGACUCUCAUACUGGUGAAAAAGUGGCAAUAAAGAAAAUACACGGUAUCUUUGAGCACAUUUCUGAUGCUGCACGAAUUCUGCGGGAGAUAAAACUUCUGAGGCUUUUGAGACACCCUGAUAUUGUCGAAAUUAAACACAUCAUGCUUCCACCUUCAAGAAGAGAAUUCAAAGAUAUCUAUGUUGUUUUUGAGCUAAUGGAGUCAGAUCUACAUCAAGUCAUUAAAGCUAAUGAUGACUUGACACGAGAGCAUUAUCAAUUUUUCCUUUAUCAAUUGCUCCGAGCCCUCAAGUAUAUCCACACAGCUAAUGUGUAUCAUCGAGACCUAAAGCCAAAGAAUAUUCUGGCAAAUGCAAACUGUAAACUCAAAAUUUGUGAUUUUGGAUUGGCUAGAGCAGCAUUCAAUGACACACCAGAAACAAUUAUUUGGACGGACUACGUUGCUACAAGAUGGUAUAGGGCUCCAGAAUUGUGUGGCUCCUUUUUCUCAAAGUACACUCCAGCAAUUGACAUAUGGAGUAUUGGUUGCAUUUUUGCCGAGGUUCUGACUGGUAAACCUCUUUUUCCUGGAAAGAAUGUGGUUCAUCAGUUGGAUUUGAUUACUGACCUUCUUGGGACGCCUUCAAUGGAUACCAUCUCACGGGUUCGUAAUGACAAGGCUAGAAGGUACCUUACUAGCAUGAGAAAGAAGCAGCCUGUCCAGUUUUCUCAGAAAUUUCCUAAUGCUGAUCCAUUGGCCCUUCGACUCUUGGAGAAGCUGCUUGCUUUUGACCCAAAGGACCGUCCAACUGCUGAGGAGGCACUGGCUCAUCCGUACUUUAAGGGACUAGCAAAAGUUGAGAGGGAACCUUCCGGGCAACCGAUUUCGAAGAUGGAAUUUGAAUUUGAAAGGCAAAGAGUGAUGAAGGAGGAUGUUCGCGAGUUAAUAUUCCGUGAGAUACUAGAGUAUCAUCCUCAGCUGCUGAAGGAUUACAUCAAUGGAGUUGAGAGAACUAAUUUUCUCUAUCCCAGUGCUAUUGAUCAAUUUAAGAAUCAGUUUGCUCAUUUAGAAGAAAAUGGUGGUAAAAGUGGAACUGCAUUUCCACUAGAAAGAAAGCAUGUUUCUCUUCCUAGAUCCACCAUUGUACAUUCCAAAACGGUACCACUAAAAGAUCAGACAACAAUUGCAAUUGCAAGGGAUAGGCAGAAUUGUGAGGACUCUUGCACCAGCAGAAACUUGAGAGGUUUUGAUGGGCAUCAUGAUAGUUUAUCGAGAAAUUUGCAGCCACACCAGAGGAUUCCAUACGGCAAAGCCGUCCAGCCCAUCCCGCCUUAUGAGAAUAGGGCCCAGCGCGCCACUAAAGAUGCGUACGACCCCACAUCCCUUGUUAGGACCAGCGUCAUAAACAUAGACAGCACCAAUCCAUUUUUCGAGGCCCAGCCCAGGCCCAAUAAGUUGGUGGAUCGAGCGGAUGAGAGAGCAGUGAUGAUGGACACAAGCCUGCUCCAGUCAAAAGCCCAAUAUGGCGGUGGCCAUGGGGUGGCUGCAGCUACUGCCACCACAAAUGUGGGGGUUAUGCACAGGAAAGUUGGUGUUGUGCAUGGUAUGGCGAGAAUGUAUUAG